CACUGCUGGAGUGACACCAAUGGUUUGCUAAUGUCCAUCAUUUGCUAGAAAAAAUAAUGGCCUCGUCGUAUUAAAACACUAGUAUGUCGUCUGUACUCCAACUUUGCAUUGUUGCCGUUAACAGACCCGACCAUGUAAGCUCGUAGCUGGGGAUAUUCGUCUGUUACCGGAUAGCUGUGUAGCAUUAGUUUACCGGACAGCACGGUAGCUGGCUAACCGACGAUAACGUUGGACGAGGACAGCAGCAUAAGAUGACGGUUCGGAGCAGCAACAGAGAUCCUCGGAUACGUCCGGCUUUGCUCGCCAUCUUUCUGCUCAUUUUGAGUAAUCAUUUGGCGGAAUCAGCCUCUGAAUAUGACCCCUACAAAAUCCUGGGUGUCAGCAGGAGUGCCAGUCAAGCAGAGAUCAAAAGGGCAUACAAGAGCCUGGCCAGGGAAUGGCACCCAGAUAAGAACAAGGACCCGAAAGCUGAGGACAUGUUCAUCAAGAUUUCUAAGUCCUACGAGAUUCUGUCCAACGAGGAGCGAAGGUCCAACUUUGACCGCUAUGGGCAGAUGGAUGAAAACCAGCCCUUCGGACACUCGCAGCAUCACGGUUUCCGCAGCUUUCACAACAGUUUCUACUUUGAUGAGUCUUUUUUCCAUUUCCCCAGGUCCAGGGACUUUGCAGACAGCAAGUACAUGCUUCACCACGCACAGUUUAACAGUGAUGUCCUUCCAGACAGCCACAAGAGACCCUACCUGAUCAAAGUGACCUCUGAGUGGUGCUUUGCAUGUAUCCAUAUUGAGCCUGUGUGGAAGGAGACGGUGCAGGAACUGGAGCCUCUGGGUGUGGGCAUUGGCAUCGUGGACCUGGGCUAUGAGCGUCGCCUUGCCAACCAGCUGGGUGCUCACCGUGUUCCCUCCAUCAUUGGGCUUGUGAACGGAAGGGUGACCUUCUUCCACCAGGCUGUAGUUCGGGAGCACCUGCGACAGUUUGUUGAAGACCUGCUGCCUCAGAAACUGGUGGAGAAGAUCACCGAUAACAACUACCUGGCUUUUCUCGAUAGCUGGCAUGGUGAAAAUAAACCCAGUCUUCUCUUGUUUGACCAAGUUCCUGUUGUUCCCCUGCUCUACAAGUUAACAGCAUUCGCCUUCAGAAAUUAUGUGCGCUUCGGCUUCGUGGACCAGGGCGAGACACACAACAGUCGCCUCCUGCGGCAGUUCAACAUAAACACGUACGCUCCCACCAUGCUGCUGUUUAAGGAGGACACAGAGAAGCCUGUUGACAUCAUUCAGGCCAGAGGGAUGAAAAGACAAAUCAUGGACGAGUUUGUGUCCAACAACAAGUUCCUGCAGGUGCCACGAUUGGUCAGCCAGCAGCUUUUUGAUGAGCUAUGUCCCGUAAAGCAGUUCCACCGACGGAGGAAGUACUGUGUGCUGCUAAUCACAGGGGAGGACCAAGCCUUCCUUCCAGGAAAUAAGGCCUUCCUGGACUUUGCCACAACUAAUAAAAAAGAGGUGCUACGGUUUGCAUACGUCUACCAGCGUCACCAGCAGCCUCUCUGUCAGGCGCUGCUCCUCAACCAGGCUGCACUCUCAUCUCAGGUGGUGAUUCUGGAGAGGCGGAGCCAGGCUGGUAAGGUCCUGUACCGCUCUGUGAGUGGAGGCUGGAACGGCAGCGAAGAAGACAAGUAUCGCCUCCACGAGCAGCUGGAGCUCCUUCAGAAAGAUCCCACCUAUCUGACCUCAGAUGCCACCUUGCCAGAGCUCAACAACGAGAUGGCCCCUAUUUUUAUUAUUCAGUGGAUGAAUGCUGCUUAUGAUUAUAUCAUUCAAAUCUAUGAUGACCUUCUCUACUCAAACUGGCGAGAGAUGAUGCCCAUCCUGUCCUUGAUCUUCUCAGCUCUCUUCAUUCUUUUUGGCACUGUCAUCAUUCAGGCAUUCAGUGAGCCAGGUGAGAGCAAACCCCGACAACCGAAGCCAAAGGAGCAAACACAAACUGAGAAUGAUGCAUCAAACAGAACAAGUACCUCGAGCCGUCCUCCAAAGAAAGACUUUGUGGAAGUGACAGAGCUGACAGACAUCACAUACAUAAGUAACCUGGUGAAGCUGAGGCCUGGCCACAUCAAUGUUGUACUGGUGCUCACCAAUGUUUCCAAGAAUGCUUUGCUCAGGAAAUUUGCCAAGGAGGUUUUCUCUUUCUCUGGAACUCAGACCCUCCACUUCUCCUUCCUCAACGCUGAUAAGCACCGCCACUGGAUGCCAUCGCUCCUUCGCUCAGCCAGUGACGCUGCAUGGAGUGAGAGCCAUUCGGAUGACGACGAGGAGUCUUCAGACUACUCUGGCCAUGUCCUGGCCCUCAACGGCUACAAGAAAUAUUUCUGCAUCUUUAGACCCGUCUUCACAGGAGACGACCCCAACGACUCAUCAUCUGAGACCUCAUCCACCUCUGACAGGAGAAAGUCCCGCUCCAGGUCCAGGUCUAGCUCCCACUCUCGAUCCCGAUCCCAUUCCAGGGAGGACAGGGCCGGAUCCAAGAGAGGCUCCAGCAGGGCCACUCACAUAGAAGUUCAUCACAAGCUUGACAGGCUGGGACUGUGGAUGGAGAGGCUAAUGGAGGGGACCCUGCCCAGAUUACAGGUCCCUGCAUGGCCCGCACUUGACGAUACCGCCAACAACUCCUUCACAGAGAGCUGAGGUCAAAGUAAGAAAAGUUACACUUUGCGGUCUUGCCUCCUGCUUAAAUAAUUUAGCACGAAAGCUGCAGAGCGAUGUUGCAGUUUUCAAAUAACUAUUUAGGUAUUCUUUCGCAGUUUAGGUUGCCACUGAACUGUUGCAGCCCGUUUACAGAAUGUCCUAUUUUAACCGUUAGUGUGGAGCAGAUGGAUAUUGAUUAUUUAGAGAAGUCAACACAUACACACACUCAGGUGGUGGGUGUUGUUAGCAACAAACUACACCUUUCAAAAGAGUGUUGCGAUUGCAUAAUGCAAAUUUUCAUAUUGCUUUAUUUGUCCACAUUAACAUCCACGUAGAGUCGGUAUGCAUCAUGGCACAGACGUCGGCUGUUUGGCUGUUGUUAGCUCUGUGUGCCAUCAAUGUGUGAGCACCUCAAAUUAACACCAGGCCCAUGUGUUAUUAUCCUCUCCUUUAACUGCUGUCUCUAUGCAUUCAUUAGGUGACGUCAUAGAGCAUGGGAAAACCAUCAUGUUUUGUUGCUAUUUUUGCUCUACUUCAUACUUUAAACCACAUAAAGCAUCUAGCUUCAAGCCUGAACACAUCUUUACAAUUGACAGCCGUCUAUACAGUUUGAUGUUUAGGAUUAUAAGUGAGUGGUACUUAGAAAUCGAACUAUGCCUUUUUGCCUUGUUUAUAACUUCUCGAUUGGGGCAGAUUUUGACCUUUUCUCUUUUUUUAAAUUCUCUGCAGUUUUCCGAAUCAGGGAAAAAACAAUAAAUCCGAUAUUAUACUGUAAACCACAGCAAAUGCUAAUGCAUGGAAUUAGUAGACCAAAAAUCACUAAUAAAUGAGUAGUAAAUUGACACUGGCAUUUUUUAUGUUUCACCUCCUCUGUUGUAUCCCCUCUCCCUUUAAUUUAAUAAUGUGCUGCUUCACAGUUUGCAGUAUACUGCAACUCAAAGUAAUAUUUUUUUUUUUCUUGUGUGUCCUUUUGAAUUUCCUUUAUGUCCAAAUCUAACUGUAAGAAAUGAAAUGUGACUAUUAAAAGAAACUCCUUUUUAAAGCUGUUUAUUUAUUAAAAUGUGUGGAUAAGUA